AACGGGUAAACAACAUGGCCGCGCCCUAGGACACUAUUGUUGACUACAUACAAACAUGUAUGUCGACAUAUCACGGCUUGGAUUACAUAUUCUCUAGCUCGACAUCGCACAAAAAAGCAAUAAUGGUCCCGCCAUGACAGAUCAGUCUAACACUGCGGUUUGGUACGCGUCAUGACCAGUCAAGUAACCCGGAAGAAGCCAUUGAUCCGGGCACCUGCAAUAUGGCGAAAGCGCGUGUGUCGGUGUCGGGAGGGGGUGUUGCUAUGUUUCGGCAUCCCCCUGCUCCCCCCUUCAGCCAUGCUCCUGGGGUUUGCCUUCAUGACGCAGCCAGACAUCGGGGUCUUCCAUAUAUGUGGCAUCGUCCUCACAUGCGUGUCGGUAGUGUGCAUCACCGCAGCAAUAGUGAUAAGACUGGCGCACCGACUCGCUCCUUCCACACACAUUAACCAAGUGAACAAGUCGGACACAGAGGAUCCUGGGCUCCACACACCCAGACUGAGGCCGCCUUCAUCCUCGUCUAUGGCUUCCGGAAACGGAAACAGCGAUGUGAAGAUGCGCAUGGUCAAACUAUCCCCAUCUUCUUUAGCAGCGGAAUCGGAGCUACCCUACCGCCCCAGGAAGAAGCGGAAGCGGAAACGCGGUGAAAAGUCUAAAACUAUUCUUCCGCCGGUGAAGGAGGAGGAUGGGCGUGCAAGGUUCGAGCAGUCCAUUAAAGAGAGGGAGAAGGACGGGGUUAGGAAGCUCCACAAACGGACUAAGUCUGAGAGUACGAAAGGAUUUGAGAAAUUCGUGCCACCUGCUGCACCACCAAAACUAGCACUGACUAAAAAACAUUUACGAAUGUUGGGUCUCCAUGACAACCAAGGUUCUGAGGAGAGUCUCCAGAUGAAGAGAUCCAUGUCGAUGUCAGAUAUUGGAGACUCGGCCUCGGAGCGUCUCAGUGUUGACUUCCCCGAUACGCCCUCGGGGGGCAGGAGGGAGGACGAUGGCAGCAUCACGGCCCGGCCUGUGUUGGUGCACACGUCGGCUGCUAGAACCGGCGUCAGGGCUUCCAAAUUUGCAUCGGUGUUAUGACAUCCUGUGGACCUCGAAAUCAAGAACGGGUAUCAACCAGUUUGCAUGAUGCAUAACUAUCUGGUGGACAUGUUUGUUUUCAGUUGUUUUUUUGUGUCAAGUUAAAACCUCGGCUUCCAGUGCACGUAGACACAGACAGCAUACCGCUCCUGUAUCUUGACAGAGCUGGGACACAUGUAGACACAGACAGGACACCGCUUCUGUAUCUUGACAGAGUUGGGACACAUGUAGACACAGACAGCUCCUGUAUCUUGACAGAGUUGGGACACAUGUAGACACAGACAGUCCUGCAUCUUGACGGAGUUGGGACACAUGUAGACACAGACAGCACUAUGCGUCUGUAUAUUGAUAGAGCUGGGACACAUGUAGACAAAGACAGUACACCGCUUCGGUAUCUUGACAGAGUUGGGACACAUGUAGACACAGUACACCGCUUCGGUAUCUUGACAGAGUGGGACACAUGUAGACACAGACAGUCCUGCAUCUUGACAGAGUUGGGACACAUGUAGACACAGACAGCUCCUGUAUCUUGACAGAGUUGGGACACAUGUAGACACAGUACACCGCUUCGGUAUCUUGACAGAGUUAGGACACAUGUGGACACAGGCAGUUCUGCAUUUUCACAGAGUUGGGACACAUGUAGACACAGACAGUCCUGCAUCUUGACAGAGUUGGGACACAAGUAGACACAGACAGUCCUGCAUUUUCACACAGUUGGGACACAUGUGGACACAGGCAGCUUCUGUAUCUUGACAGAGUUGUGACACAUGUAGACACAGACAGUCCUGCAUUUGACAGAGUUGGGACACAUGUAGACACAGUACACCGCUUCGGUAUCUUGACAGAGUUAGGACACAUGUGGACACAGGCAGUCCUGCAUUUUCACAGAGUUGGGACACAUGUAGACACAGACAGUCCUGUAUCUUGACAGAGUUGGGACACAAGUAGACACAGACAGUCCUGCAUCUUGACAGAGUUGGGACACAUGUAGACACAGACAGUCCUGCAUCUUGACAGAGUUGGGACACAUGUAGACAAAGACAGCACACCGCUCCUUCAUCUUGACAGAGUUGGGACACAUGUAGACAAAGACAGCACACCACUCCUUCAUCUUGACAGAGUUGGGACACAUGUAGACACAGUACACCGCUUCGGUAUCUUGACAGAGUUAGGACACAUGUGGACACAGGCAGUCCUGCAUUUUCACAGAGUUGGGACACAUGUAGACACAGACAGUCCUGCAUCUUGACAGAGUUGGGACACAUGUAGACAAAGACAGCACACCGCUCCUUCAUCUUGACAGAGUUGGGACACAUGUAGACAAAGACAGCACACCGCUCCUUCAUCUUGACAGAGUUGGGACACAUGUAGACAAAGACAGCACACCGCUCCUUCAUCUUGACAGAGUUGGGACACAUGUAGACAAAGACAGCACACCACUCCUUCAUCUUGACAGAGUUGGGACACAUGUAGACACAGUACACCGCUUCGGUAUCUUGACAGAGUUAGGACACAUGUGGACACAGGCAGUCCUGCAUUUUCACAGAGUUGGGACACAUGUAGACACAGACAGUCCUGCAUCUUGACAGAGUUGGGACACAUGUAGACAAAGACAGCACACCGCUCCUUCAUCUUGACAGAGUUGGGACACAUGUAGACAAAGACAGCACACCGCUCCUUCAUCUUGACAGAGUUGGGACACAUGUAGACAAAGACAGCACACCGCUCCUUCAUCUUGACAGAGUUGGGACACAUGUAGACAAAGACAGCACACCACUCCUUCAUCUUGACAGAGUUGGGACACAUGUAGACACAGUACACCGCUUCGGUAUCUUGACAGAGUUAGGACACAUGUGGACACAGGCAGUCCUGCAUUUUCACAGAGUUGGGACACAUGUAGACACAGACAGUCCUGCAUCUUGACAGAGUUGGGACACAUGUAGACAAAGACAGCACACCGCUCCUUCAUCUUGACAGAGUUGGGACACAUGUAGACAAAGACAGCACACCGCUCCUUCAUCUUGACAGAGUUGGGACACAUGUAGACAAAGACAGCACACCACUCCUUCAUCUUGACAGAGUUGGGACACAUGUAGACACAGUACACCGCUUCGGUAUCUUGACAGAGUUAGGACACAUGUGGACACAGGCAGUCCUGCAUUUUCACAGAGUUGGGACACAUGUAGACACAGACAGUCCUGCAUCUUGACAGAGUUGGGACACAUGUAGACACAGACAGUCCUGCAUCUUGACGGAGUUGGGACACAUGUAGACACAGACAGUCCUGCAUCUUGACAGAGUUGGGACACAUGUAGACACAGACAGUCCUGCAUCUUGACAGAGUUGGGACACAUGUAGACAAAGACAGCACACCGCUCCUUCAUCUUGACAGAGUUGGGACACAUGUAGACAAAGACAGCACACCGCUCCUUCAUCUUGACAGAGUUGGGACACAUGUAGACAAAGACAGCACACCGCUCCUUCAUCUUGACAGAGUUGGGACACAUGUAGACACAGACAGUCCUGUAUCUUGACAGAGUUGGGACACAUGUAGACACAGACAGUCCUGCAUCUUGACAGAGUUGGGACACAUGUAGACACAGACAGUCCUGCAUCUUGACAGAGUUGGGACACAUGUAGACAAAGACAGCACACCGCUCCUUCAUCUUGACAGAGUUGGGACACAUGUAGACAAAGACAGCACACCGCUCCUUCAUCUUGACAGAGUUGGGACACAUGUAGACAAAGACAGCACACCGCUCCUUCAUCUUGACAGAGUUGGGACACAUGUAGACAAAGACAGCACACCGCUCCUUCAUCUUGACAGAGUUGGGACACAUGUAGACAAAGACAGCACACCGCUCCUUCAUCUUGACAGAGUUGGGACACAUGUAGACAAAGACAGCACACCGCUUCUUGAUACUUGAGAGACUGUGUGGCAGCACCACAAUGAUGCGGUUACAGACGAUGUUUCAGCAGGACCGCGUGUGUGGCAUCCUUAGAAGACAUGGAAGGGAAGCAGAGGCAUCAGCUGAAGACGUCAUGCAUAAGAAAGAUCAAUUCGUUUGAAAAGGGUUAAAAUCCAAUUCAUUUGCUCAAAAUGUCGGGAUUAGAAAAUAAGAUUUGCAUGUGUUUAUUUUAAGCUAUGGUACAUUUCAAACUGCUGAACUACAUUAUCUCAUAACAGUUUGUGAAAGUCAAGAUGAUGACUGCAACCACUUUGAUUGACUAUUGUGGUGCAUGUGUCCGGUGAUCCGUGUGUCCGGUACUUGCAGUGUCCACAAUUCACAACAUUUCGGGUACAUGGCUAGAUCAUGUGUGGUUUGUAUUACACUAACGUGCUUAAAUGAUUACGUUGUAUAUGAGUUAGAUCAGGUAUUUUAACCAAAUUUCGUUCCAUUUGUCUAUUUUGAGUACACAACACUAACCUUUCUUACUAACCAUUCUGGAACAAAUGUAUCGACGGACCUACAGGAUGAAGCAUGGCAGGACAGAACAGAAGCUAACAGUUAAAGGUUCACUCGUAGAGAAGUCUCCCACGAUGCAAUCCAUGGCGGACGAUGCUUUGUUUACAGGCUACCGUCGCCUGGCUUGUGUACUGCUGUGCGGGACAUACAAUACAUACUUGCCUUUGUAUGCAAACUGUAUGAAUGGUGGGUGCUACCGGUAGGGCAGGACUUGCUUACUUUCGCAAACACCGGUUGUCAUCACUGAUUUUCAUCGGUCCAUUCAUAUAAUUUCCACAGGUAUUUUGCCCUUUACACCAAAGGGAAUCUGUUUCGGCGGAUAAUCUAAACUCAGUCUGUUUAUUCUCUUGCAUUGGCAAUUUAUAUUUAUUGACCUUUCGGAGCAGGAUGAGUGGAAACUGGAAGUUGGACGUUGAGACACAGUUACGCGUUGUGCUCCAGAUCUAGCCUCACGUACUGCCUUCUUCUACGACGGGUUUAUCCCUGCUCCCAUACCAUCUGUGAUAUCAUUGCUUUAUACCACUGCUAACAUCUCCCGUUUAACCAAUGUCACAUAUGUGAUAUGAAUGUGACCAAAGGCACACUAUCAUGUGAUAACACCGUUUUCAUUGAAUGGGAGAUUGGGAUAAAGACUAUAUGUAAUUAACUAUCAGUACAUGUAAUGAUAUACAUUGCAUGCAUAUUUUUUCAUGUCAAGGGUGAAUCUGGUUGUAUGAAAUGUUUUGUCAAUGAUUUUGUGCAUGUUCAUGUUUGUACAGCAUUUCAAAAAUACCUGGUGAAUAAAUAACACAUGUUGUAAAGUG